AUGGCUCCCUUUGUCAUUGUCAGCCUCAUCCUCGGCUGUGCCCUUCUUGGAGGGUAUGCCAGUAUGUUCACGUCACAUUCACAUGGCUUCUUUGAUACAUUGCGUGUCUGCAACACUGGUGCAGAAGCGUGUAUUCUCAACAUGACAGAUUCAGUAUCAAGACCUAUCACAGGCAUUGAGAGUAUCGAUGCAGCAAUGAAUCUUCUACUCGAGUUUUUCUCUCAAGGUCUUCAAAAGAAUCCUGACAUCAAAGGAAUUGAUCUAGAAGCCUUGAUUGCCUUUGUGUACUUAGCUGCUCAAUUUGGUGGCGCUUGGUACAUCAUAGCCCUCGAGGGCUUGAGAUUUGGGAACAAAGGCACAAUCUUGAGUUGGACUGGAACAUUCGGCAUAGUGUUCCAAGCUGUCACCAUCACCAUCAUCGCACCGAUCUACCUCACCAUCCAACUCCUCCUCUCGCCCUCGACUCCCCAACAGGCAAACCUCCUCGCCGACCCGACCGAUCUCAGUUUCUUGCCCGUUGCUACACUUAUAUCAUACGUUGUGCCGAGCAUUGGCCUUUGUCUGCCGCUAGUCUUUGACAUCUCGCGGGAGGCAAAGUUCAUUGCUGUCGCGCUCUGGCAACCUUUUCCGUUGUACCAGUCUGCGCUUCAGUACAUCUCACGUCUGUUCAGCGGCAUCCAGGGAACCAAAUCCAAGAAGAACGCGUACAUUGACGUGAGGCGGUGCAGGAAAGCCCUCGACCGAGCAUACCUGUUUAUCACAGGGCUGACUAUGGGUGUCCAUCUCUUCGUGAUGGGAACCAUUUUCGCGUCCUACAUUGGCCAAGUUCAACCUGUAUCCGGACACCACAUCCUUGCUCUUACGUCAAUCACGAGCCCACCGACAUUGGCCCUCUUGGAGCCAUCUGUUUCAGUUUUGCAGUCGAGAGAGGUUGUGGUCUCGUUCUUGCGAUGGGACGUCUAUUGCACCUGUCUUUCCAUGAUAGUCUGGUCUGGCUACCAGCUCUCCGUCGCGCAAAAGGCUCCCAGUGUUAUGGUAACAGUUUUUAGGGUGAUAUUGUUGGUGCUGAUUGGUGGACCAAUCUUUCCAGCAUUGAUGUUUCUUUGGAAGAGGGAUGAUCUUGUGAUCAAGGUUUUGCCUGCGUCACGAAAGCAGAAGUGA